CCAUUUAAAAACAAUUUUUCUAUUUUCACGAACAAUGUCAGAGUAAGUGUGUCCAAAAAUAAUGGAGUGUGACUAUCAAAAUAAAAUAAUAAAAAUAUUGUGAUAUGGUGUUCAAACCCAAAACUCCAUUAUUUAAAUGGACACUAACUACCACUGCGCGAAGGUAGCAUUACUUUUGUCAAGGUUGUCCAAAUUUAAAUAUAUAUCUUUUAAAUGAAGAAUUUGACAUAUAUAUACAAUGUAAUUUUCUGACGAACAGCGACCAAUUAGACACCAUGUGGCUACGCCAUUGUCCAUGAGAUAAAAAUAUGGUCUGUAUAUACUCUAUUCUUUUCAAACCUCACUUGUGAAAAUAGAUUACUGUUGAUGAUUAUUUUUCAUAACAUAAACAUUAACAUUUGUAACAAAUUUUUUUUCUUUUUUUGAUUACCAUAUUGCAGAGGGAGCUUGUGGUUAUGGAGACUUGUUUAAGCAAGGGUAUGGCCUUGAAACUGCGGCACUCAGCACAGCACUGUUUAACAAAGGAUCUACCUGUGGAGCUUGCUUUCAAAUAAUGUGUGUCAAUGCUCCUAAUAAUGCAUGCCAUUCAGGCCAAGUCAUAACUGUAACUGCCACCAAUUUAUGCCCUCCAGAUUCAAAAAAAACUAGUCAAAGUUGGUGCAAUCCUCCACAACAACACUUUGAUCUUACAAUGCCUAUGUUUAUAAAGAUUGCAGAGUACAAAGCAGGGGUUGUACCAGUUGUUUACAGAAGAGUUACUUGCCAGAAAAAAGGAGGUCUCAAGUUCGAGAUCAAAGGGAAUUCAAAUUGGAUUAUUGUUCUUGUUUUCAACGUGGGAGGUGUUGGAGAUGUUGUUAAUGUCAAGAUCAAAGGAUCUAAGACGGGAUGGGUGCCAAUGAAGCGGAAUUGGGGACAAAAUUGGCAGGCUAAUGUGCAGUUGGGAGGACAAAGCUUGUCUUUCCAAGUACAAACUAGCGAUGGCAAAUUGGUUCAAUCUGAUAAUGUUGCUCCUGCUAACUGGCAAUUUGGUCAGACAUUUGAAGCAAAGAAUAAUUUUUAGGGAUUAUGUAUUUUUGAAAAUUCAGUAGUU